AGAAGAAGACCAUGUUGUUAGAAGGCAAAGCUGACUCACGGUGUUCCACGUUCAUAACCCCAAUGUUCUUAAUCCUUAUUACAGCUUUUGCUGCUGCUGUUUCAGGGAGUUUUUCACUAGACGGAGACAAAGAAGUGUUGAUGCACCUGAAAUCUUUUAUUGAAGAACAAAACCGAGUGAAUCGAGGAAGAUACGUGGAGUGGAACCAAAGGAGCUCAAAUCCAUGUGAUUGGCAUGGAGUCUUGUGCUCUAAUGGCGGGGCAAGAAUCAUUGGAUUAGACCUUUCGGACAGCAAGAUUUCGGGGAAUAUAUUCAACAACUUCUCAGCCUUAACUGAACUUCAAUAUCUUGAUCUCUCAAAAAACACACUGAAUGGACCGGUUCUUGACGAUUUGAAUCGAUGCCACAACCUGAUGUACCUCAACUUAUCACACAAUAUCCUCGAAGGUGAGUUGAACUUGACUGGAUUGACCAGUUUAGAGAAGCUUGAUUUGUCCACUAAUCGGUUCCAGGGGGAGGUUAAGUUUAGUCUCCCAGAAUUUUGCCAUAGACUAGUUGUUGCAAAUCUUUCGGGGAAUAGUUUCUCUGGUCGACUCGAUUACUUCGAUGGGUGCUCGAAUUUGCAGUAUCUGGACUUGAGUUCCAACAGUUUUGGUGGUAACAUUUGGACAGGGUUUGCAAGGCUAAUUGAGUUUUCACUUUCUGGAAACUAUGUUACAGAAUCAGUCACAGCAUCAUGCUUUAAGGAGAAUUGUAGUUUGCAGGUAUUGGAUUUAUCAGAAAACAAGUUCCAUGGUGAAGUUCCGGUUGAGAUUUCGAAUUGCAAGAAUUUGGUCACCCUGAAUCUGUGGGGAAACGACUUUUCAGGGCCAAUUCCCUCAGUGCUGGGAUCAGUUUCGACCUUGGAAGGCUUACUAUUGGGGAACAAUCGUUUUUCUAGAGUGAUUCCUGAAUCUCUUUUGAACCUUAAGAAUUUGGCCUUACUGGAUUUGAGCAAGAACAGUUUUGGUGGAGAAGUACAAGAGAUUUUUGGGAGAUUCAAAUGGUUGAAAUCUCUUGCACUUCAUGGAAAUUCAUACACAGAUGGCUUACUUUCUUCUGGGAUUCACAAGCUAACGAAUAUGUCUCGACUUGAUCUAAGUUACAAUAACUUUUCUGGGGGGUUACCUGUUGAGAUCUCUCGAAUACUAGGCUUGGAGUUCUUAAUCUUAGCCUACAAUCAAUUUACCGGCGACAUACCAUUUGAGUAUGGGGACUUGUCAAAUCUACAAGUCCUUGAUCUCUCCUUCAAUGGCCUCUCCGGAUCGAUCCCAGCUUCCCUCGGAAACUUGAGAUCCCUACUGUGGCUAAUGCUCGCAAACAACUCAUUGACGGGCGAAAUCCCCCUUGAACUUGGAAACUGCACCAGCCUAUUAUGGCUAAACCUUGCUAACAACCAACUUUCCGGGAAAUUCCCUCUCGAUUUGACAAAUAUCGGAAGAAAUCCGAAUCCGACAUUUGAAUCAAAUCGGAAAAGAAAGCUGAUGAAUGUCGGUCCUACGGAGUGCUUGGUCGCUAAGAGGUUGCUAAACAUGGACUACUCACCUUUGCGUUUUGUGUACACAAUUUUUACCAUGAAGACUUGUAGAAGCAUAUGGGAUCGAUUGCUUAAAGGAUAUGGUUUUUUCCAAAUCUGCGCCGGAGGCUCACUGGUUCGGGAAUACAUGGUCUCAGGUUUUCUUCAGCUUAGUGGGAAUCAAAUUACAGGCGAUAUCCCUUCAGAUAUUGGUGAGAUGCAACAUUUGAGUGUGUUAGAUUUUGGUUCCAAUGAAUUCAGUGGGGAAAUGCCUAUAGAGCUGGAGAAGCUGUCGCUUCUAGUCCUAAACGUUUCCGGGAACAGAUUUUCAGGCCGAAUUCCGACGGAAAUAGGAAACAUCAAAUGCUUACAGGAUCUUGAUUUGUCACAAAACAAUUUUUCAGGCAUAUUUCCUGAGGAGCUUAGUAAGUUGACUGACCUAAGCAACUUCAACAUUUCGUUCAAUCCAUUCAUUGCUGGUAGAAUUCCAGUAACGGGACAAUUGGCAACAUUCGGGAAAGAAUCCUUCCUGGGAAAUCCACUAUUGCAGAUUCCUAAUUUCAUCUUGGACGGUCAACUUUCACCUCCGUCAUUGUCACCACCGCCUCCGCCGCCGCCGUCAAAGUCUAAUGAUGAAAGUGAAUUUUGGAAAGCAUUGCUAACAGGUUACGGCUGUGGAAUGCCAUUCGGAGUAGCUAUGUUAUGUUUCACUUUUCGAAAACGUGAACCAAAUUGGUUUGUCACGAUUGUUGAUGGCAUCCAUGAAUGGAAGGCGAAACGGUUACUGAAGAGGAAGCUGGCUCGAAGAAUCUGACAAUGGACUUGUAGAAAUUGAAUAGCUUUAAGAGUGUAUUGUAUUUGCUGAGAUGGUUUCAAAUAAUUUG